AUGCUUCCGGGUGGAAGCAAGGGAACCUCACUACUUGUGAAGAAGCAAAGCUUGGGUCAGGGAGGAUUCGUCUGCAUCCGCGCAACUUGCAUCAUUCUAAAGCUGCGUGAUCCGCCGCAGCGUUUUUCUCGAAAAUGCUCCUUCAAACCGUAUUACUCCAUAAGCGAGAUUGCGAGUGCAGCCGGCAUUGAUGGCCGCUAUGGCUGCCACCAGGCACGCUGCUCAAGUUUCUGGGGCAUUUUGGGGCAAUGGGUCACACCAGUGAUCAAGCGCCGCGAUAGUCGGCAGACCAACGGCUGGCUGAGUGCCGCAGUCGUCGUUCCUGAGAUGCCCGACGAAGAGGCGCUGGAGGAGGAGGACACCGCGGAGGAUCAGAAAGCGAUGCUUUGGCACUUUGCGGCCCUCAGCCCUGAGCUGCCUUUGCUGAGCAAAGACCCCCCGCCUGACGGGAACGAUGUGCGUCGUGCCAAAGGCCCCUCGCCCCGGCGCUUGCACUGCUGCCACCUCACAUGGAAAGGCUCAGCAAGCAAUCUGAGCCAGCUUGGGACGUUGCUUUUGCAAGAACCGUCUAUUCUUCACAGGGCGAUGCUUAACAGCAUAUUGCUGAUUGUCGUGUGCGUCGCCCUUUAUGUGGGGAUAUUGGUGAUUGAAGCAGCUAUUUUUGGUAUGACCUGGGCAGGCUCGCGAAUUGACCUUAUACUUCCGGACAACGCCGCCCCUGGGAUCGACUUAACUGACAUACUCGAGCCGCCAUCUGCCGUGUUUGGCUCGCUUUCUCCGUCGUCAAAGCUUUGGCUCUUUUUACAAACGGGGUCCUUCGAAGACGGUUACGGUCCAUUUUGGCAAAGCUGGGCCUUCAAGAUCGAUCCGGGUCGGUGGCUUUCGGGCCGUGUCAUGGAGAUCUACGUUUACGUGCAGGAGGUCACAGCGGCUACCUUUGUCCCGAUUGGCGGUAGUGAGAAUGCAUGGCAAAAUGAUGCCGAUGGCCGCCAUCAAGACCACGCCAAGCGGAGGUUUCAGUGCGGUGGGUUUGUAACGAAGAUGUGGGAAGAGGAGGCUGUCUGGCAAGCGUUGUGCUGGCAGCUGCCUUCUUUGGCACCGGCGCAGAUGAGGGGCCAGGACGAGAAGUUCGGCUUCUACUUCCCAGUAUACACGCAGCUCCCUGGGACGCUGCGGGUUCUGCAGUCCGUGCGCAAGUUUUACCCGGACUCGCCGAUCUACGUCUUCCAGGACGGUGGCAAGUACGAUUUCGGGCCACUGUGCCAUGCGCAAAAGUACAAGUGCAUAUUCGCGAGAGGAAGAGAAGAGAAUAGCCGUUGGAACCCCCAUAGCUGGAUGGCUCGCUUCCGAAAUGCCACGAAGGUGCUGGGAACAGAAUAUGUGAUCUAUCUCGAGCCCGAUGUGAUUGUUCGGAAGCAUCAUGUACUGGAGCCAAAACAUGAUGCUGGCGGCAUGUACGACGACUACAACCCAUCCACACAUAAGGAGACCCUCGAGUACUUGGGCAGGAUGGGCCGCGAGCGAGACCCGAACUUCAAUGUGUCCUGGCCUCACUUUGGUUUGGCGGGCGGCUCGUACUACAAGGCCGAGGCCAUCCUCGAUGCCUUCGACCCAAAGUGGCUGAGGCGCAUCGACUGGGAAGGCAUGCAGGGCCGGGAAGGCGACAAAGUGAUGAGCAGCGAUUUCGCGAUGUUGGCGGCGCUUUCAGCACGCGGCUGGACGGUGUACCCGUGGGAGGAAUCCUCUCAGUAUCCUGGCCACGAGUCGACGGCAAACAGGGAGCGGAGGAAAUCCUUCAAUGCAGAUGCCGCCUUCGAGCACAAUCACAAGGAGCACUACCACGACAUGCUGCCUGAAUUCGAAAGAAGAUUGAUCACGACGUUCUCCGAUAUGCCACAGGUUUGUGACGGCUGUGGUCGCUGCCAUGGAUGUGUUUGGUACGUCGAUGCAGACCCAAGUCGGCCGUUGCCAAUUCCGAGCAGGCAGCCGCCUGUCCCG